UCAUUAUUUAUGACCUUUAGCCAUCUUUUGGGCAGCUUGUGAAUUUUAGAAGCGAAGAAGGUUUCGUCUUUCGCGAUGCGAUAAAAUUAUCCACCCAUUCGCACUUCUUCAAAUCGAAAGUGUAUGUACACCGGACAAGAUGUUUUGCAUUGACCGGAAUAAAUGAUACUGAAGAGGCUAUGUCUGCCCAACAUCAAAAUCAUCCUCUUUAAAUCGCUUAAACCAAAACUCGACACACGUACUUUUUGAUACAACAUUGUCUCCAAGAACAGUACAAAUUGUUUCAUAUGCUUUAGCAGCGCUUUUUCCUUGAUAAAAUUCGUAUCGAACGCAGUGUCGAAUAAAUUGCUUGUGGCUCACCAUUUUAAAACCAUUUAAUUUUGAGAUCUAGUCAAAGAUGAAGCGAUCAGCAGAGAAUUUGGAUGCUCAUGAUCUGAAAGCAGAGAAUAAUGUGAAUGCAGGAAAUAAUAAAAAAAGAAAGAAAGUGAUAUUCGAGAAACCUCUGAAUAAUAAAUUUACAGAUGAUAAAAGCACAAAGCCAUCUUUAACAAAGAAAAAUUUAAAAGCAAAGGAUACUAAAGUGCUAAAGAAUAAUGCUACAAUUGAGAAGAUAAAGUUGCUCAAAUUGAAAAGGGAAAGAAAAGAGUUUAGACAAAAAUCUGAAAAUCAAAAGAACUUAAAAAAGGAAAAUCUGAAGAAAUUGGAAAAGAAUAAUACGGCUAUCAAGAAAAUCGAUUGGCUCCAACUGAAGAAGGAGAAAAAGAAACUCAGAGAGCAACGCAAAGCUAAGAGAUUAAAUAACGAUCAUGUAUAUGACAAAAUCCUUCAGGCUAAAAAGAUUAGUGAGAAGUUACGUAGAUCUGAUUGCAAGCCUAUCGAUCGUGUAGCAUUAACUCAGACGAUACACAAUUUGAUGAAAAACAAUUACAACAAAGUGAUAUUUACACACGACAUCUCCAGAGUAAUUCAAUGUAUGAUCAAGAAUUGUGAGUCACAUGUUUUACAAGCAAUAUUUCAAGAGAUAAAGCCAUUAAUUGUGGAAAUGUUACAGUCUAAAUACGCAAAAAAUUGUGUAAAAACUAUUUUAAAGCAUGGCUCGCAAGAAAUUAAACGUGAUAUUAUCUCUACAUUUUAUGGCAAUAUUGUUAAGUUAAUGAGUCACAACGUAUCGGUCUCUCUUAUAGAACUCACGUACUCUACUUGGUGUACAAGUCUCGAGAAGAUACAUUUUAAGCAAGAAUUUUAUGGAGACAUAUAUAAAUUGGAAAAAGAUAAUGAAGUUAAAUCAUUGUCAGAUGUAUUCAAAACCGCGACAGAUAUGAAACUGGCUACAUUAUCUGCCGUAAAAGCAAAUCUAAUUAGAAUUUUAAACAAAGGUUUUGUCAAUUCUACUCUGCUGCAAACGAUUAUACGGGAAUUCUUCUACGAGUGUUCAGUGGAAGAUAGGAGCGAGUUAAUAGUUAUGCUACGAUCUUACAUUAUAACUCUGUCCCAAACGAAAAUAGGUGCGGAUGUUGCUAUGCAAUGUAUAUGGCAUGGUACUAGCAAAGAUAGGAAAAUUAUCAUGAAAGCCCUCAAGGGAAACAUUAAGAUGAUUUGUAUGUCCAAAUACGGUUACAUGACGUUAUUGGCGUUUUUUGAUUGCGUAGAUGACACAGUUCUCAUGCAGAAGAUAAUAUUAUCCGAGUUAGAAGAGAAUCUAGUUGACAUUGUGCGGAAUGUGUAUGGGAAACACAUUAUAUUAUAUCUCGUGGCCAGGAGAAAACCUCUUUAUUUUUCACCAGCCGUAGUGGAAUAUUUACGUCAAGGUGAUAACAAUUCCGCAAGUAAGAAGUUAGCCGAUAUUAGGGAAAACGAACUUCUCAAAGCAAUCAGCGGCCCGCUUCUUGACGCUAUAAUUGCGAAUACAGCAACAUGGUUAUCCAACGGUAGCAUAGCUAUGAUUACUCUGGCGAUAUUGAAAGUGGGAUCAGGAGAGAAAUUGAAGUCUGCGUUUGAAUCAGUUGUUAAGUUUAUUAGUAGUAUGGAUUCAAAAAUUAAGGACAAUGAUAUCGAGUACGAUGUGAUUGAACAUCCUGGAUUACACAUAAUGUUGAAGAAACUUAUUCAAUACGACAAAGAGUUGCUGAAAAAGAACGAAUCUACAUUUACAGAAAUAUUGAUAUCACAUCUAACGCCAGAAAUACUAGACAAGUGGAUAGGAAUUAAUAGAGCUUGUUUCUUAUUACUUAAUCUCCUAGAGAAUGAAAUUGCUACAGAUACAUUGCUUGAUAAACUGACGAAACCUUUAACUGGAACUCUCAAGGAAGUAUACGGCCCUGGAGCAUCGAUAUUAUUAAAAAAAUUAAAAAAACAAUUAGAUGUGAUAGAUUAGUUUAAAUAUGGAUAGAUAAUUAAUGUACAUUAUUCAUAAUUUUUUUUUAAUGCAAGCUGUUUCAAUGAUUUAACGCUUAGAGCUCUUGAUACGAGAAAACAAAACGUAAAGCAACGAAAAAACAUAAUACAGAAAUUAAUGCUUAAAAAAAUAAAGAAGAAACUGAAUCUGUUCGUUUAUAUCAUGUUAUCAAUCCUGGUAAGGAAUCCUAUCUGAGGGAAGAAAAUCACUUAUUUUUUAUGAAAUAUUCUGUAAAUUUGUAGUAUUAAUAGUAUAUUAUAAGAAUUAGGCCGAGAUAAAAUGUCAGGCACUUCACCAUCCGAUGCCGGAACUUUAAUCGAGGCCUCAAGUCAUCCAUAUAUAUAUAUAUAUAUAAGCAAGCAACCGUCUCUUCGCGGAGCCACAGCCCACCAACGGCAGAAACUUUUAGUUUAUACUUUACAGUAUAUUGAAACACGACUUGUAGACUUCGAAUUUUAUAUAAGAAUUACAAAUAAAAGAUUCUUUUCAGAAUAAUAGUGCCGAUAAGUGAUCAGAUUAUCAUCUUUUACUUCUUCGAAAUCUAUUUUGUUAGGCUAUAAUACAUAAGGGCGUAAUAAAAAAAUUUUA